AUGCCUGACAUAGAAAAGACAUCCGCGGCACCAAAGAAGGCUGCCGACACGGCUGGCAUUGGGACAAUUUUGAAGCAUGCCGAUAGGGGCGACGCCGAUGAGGCGCUCAAGGUCUUGCAGGGCGCGGAUGGCGAGGUCAUUGUAUUGACUCCCGAGGAAGAGAAGAAGCUGCUGAGGAAGAUCGAUUUGAACCUGAUGCCGUUGCUGUGCAUUGUGUAUGGUUUGAACUAUCUGGACAAGACGACAGUUUCGUAUGCGUCAAUCAUGGGCCUCAAGACGGAUAUCAACCUCGUUGGACAAGACUAUUCAUGGGUUGGCUCCAUGUUCUAUUUUGGUUACUUGGCAUGGGAAUGGCCGACGAACCGUCUCCUACAACGAUUUCCCCUGGCUAAAUACUCUUCGUUCAACGUCAUCAUGUGGGGUCUAACGCUGUGCUGUCUUGCUGCAGUGAAGAACUUCGCAGGAGCAAUGACAGUGAGGUUCUUCCUGGGUGUUUUCGAGGCAGCUGUAUCCCCCGGAUUCGCCUUAUUUACCAGUCAGUGGUACACAAUCCGUGAACAGGGUGCUCGCACAGGCUGGUGGUUCAGCUUCAACGGCUGGGGCCAGAUCCUCGGCGGGUUUGUUGCCUACGGCAUCGCCGUCGGGACCGAAGCUCACCCUAUUGCGAUCAAGUCAUGGCAGCUAGUAUUUCUGGUCAUCGGACUGUUCACAGCUGCUAUGGGAGUGCUCUUCCUGUGGUUGAUGCCGGAUAAUCAAAUGAAUGCCAGGUUUUUAACGCCGAAGGAGCGUAUAAUGGCUGUCGAGCGCAUUCGAAUGAACCAACAAGGCGUCGGCAACAAACACUUUAAGUGGUACCAGUUCAAGGAGGCGAUGACUGAUCCCAUGAUUUGGUCAUUCGUAUUCUAUAGUUUAAUAGCCGAUAUCCCGAAUGGUGGGAUCAGCAAUUUCUUCUCCCAACUCAUCGUAUCUUUCGGGUUCACACCAAAGCAGUCACUAUUGGUCGGCACACCAGGAGGCGCCGUCGAAGUCAUCGCACUGAUUGUGUGUGGACACUUGGGCGACAGGCUCCAGAACAGGCUGCUUGUAUGCACAUCUGGCCUUCUCGUCGCCAUUCUGGGCAUGCUGCUCAUCACAUGCCUCCCUCAAGAUAUGAGCCUCGGCCGGCUCAUAGGCUACUAUCUGACACAAGCCUCGCCCACGCCGUUUGUCGCGCUGUUAUCUCUCAUCUCGACCAAUGUUGCUGGAUGGACGAAGAAGACGACUGUGGCAACAAUGUACCUAAUUGGCUACUGCGUGGGCAACAUCAUCGGCCCGCAGGUGUUCCAGGCCAAGGACGCGCCUCAAUAUCGCCCGGCUGAGAUCACCAUUAUCGUUUGCUGGUGUGUAUGUUUAGUGGACUUAAUGUUCAUUUACUACUGGUGCAGACGACAGAAUAAGAAGGAGGCGGUCAUAAGAGCUCAGCCUGGAUAUCAGAAGCUGGAUGGCCAGGAAUUCCUGGACUUGACGGAUGGGGAGAACCCUGAAUUCGUCUAUAGCCUAUGA